GAACAAAAAUGAGAAGAUGGAUGAUGAUGAAUUAAAGUGAAGGACAAAAGCAAAGAAGAUUUGGUCCAUUUCCAUCAUUAAAGAUCAGGCAAUAAUGGAAUCAAAGAGUGAUAUUUUGAAUGGUGAUUGAUCAUAUGGAUAAACCAAAGCAAAAGUGGAACAAGUGUCUAAAAUCUGAAAUUUCCGCACAAGUUGUCCACUGUUCGGUAUUUUUACCAUAUCUCAGCAUAGGAAUAUCAAAAUUGAGUGAUCUUUGCACCGUUGGAAAGAAGACUUCAAGGGCUACAACUUUACCAGAAAUACAAAAUUCAUAAUUCUGAACGGAGAAUGGAGAAAAACAGCCCGGAAGAUGAAGCUGCGUGCAGUGAUGUCAUUGCUUGCGAAAUUUUCCAUCUUCUUUCUCAUUAUGAUAUGUGAGGUCAUGGCAUAUGUAAUUCCCCAUUUCCAAAUUCAGAUGGAAUGUGAGGUCAUUGCAUAUGUAAUUGUCCAUCUUUGCUCCCUUUUGAUGCCUAUAUAAAGCCUUGUAACUCUCAAACUUCAACACACCAUUCCUCACCAAUUCCUUCUAUCUCCUCUCAUUCUAGCUUUCAUAUCUUAGUUUUAGUGUUGUGUUUUUCUUCAAGCAAGAGUGUAGGAGGAAACUCCAAGAAUCACAAGGUGGUCAAAACCUUUGUCCUUUAAACCAAGAACUCUCUAGAGAGUUAAGGAAGUUGAAGAAAGGCUCAUCCAAUCAGUUGAAAGAAUUUGAACCAGUGGAGAUAAACAUGAAGACCGGUGAAUCUAGCAACCCAGGCCAAAUGUCUCCCGGAGGAGGUAGUUCCCGAGCAAGCCCGAGUCAAGGAGCACACACGGAGGCUCAACCCAAUACCUCUCAAGAUCCAGUGGCACCGGUACGAAUACCAAUCUCUACCUCCAUGGAAAAUCCGAAUCUAAAUCCUUAUUUAGGAGGAGGAUUAGGUUUUCAAUUUCCACCGCAACUACAAGGGGCCGGGAUGCAAAAUUUUCCUCAUCUUUUGAACCCAAAUUUCUUCACAAACCCUAUGUUUGACCCAUACCAGAAUUUCCCUCAAAGAGCCCAACCUUACUUCUACCAAAGAGCACAAAAUUUUCAACCCAUGGCUACUCAUCUGGCUCCCCAAUUUGAAGAAGAAGAUUGCAUUGCCUAUCCCGGAAUCGAGGCCAAUAACUUUGAACUCAAGACUUCCAUGAUCAACUUGGUGCAAGCAAAUCAAUUUGGAGGUUCAAAGUUGGAAGAUCCUAAGGCGCAUAUCACCCAUUUCGAUAGAAUAUGCCAAACUAUCAAGAUGAAUGGGGUGUCUAUGGAUGCAAUCAAGCUGCGAUUGUUCCCAUUUUCGUUGAGGGAUCAGGCUCUGAGUUGGCUCAAUUCCUUCGGGCCAAAUCAUUUCAACACAUGGGACCAACUGUACAAAUCUUUCAUGCAAGAAUACUAUCCACCCUCCAAGGCUGCAAAAUUGAAGAAGCAAAUCCAGAAUUUCCAGCAAUUCGGAAGUGAAAAUCUGUACGAGGCAUGGAAGAGGUUCAAGGAUCUCAGGAGGCAGUGUCCUAGGAAUCUCCUAUCUCCUGGGGAUUUCAUUUCAUCUUUUUACGAAGGAUUGCUGGACAACUACAAGAUAGUGUUGGAUACUUCUUCUAUGGGGGGAGUGUUUCUUGAUAUGACGCCCGAUCAUGGAGAGCAGCUGAUAGAAAGAAUCACAGCCAACACUGCGUAUUGGUACAAUGAAAGAGUCGAGCAACCAAGGAAAGAGAAAGCAGUAGGUAUGUUUGAAGUGGAUGAGAAGGUUGCCAUGCAAGCCCAACUGGAUUCGAUCCAACACAUGUUGAAAGAAAUGGUGUUGAAUAAGAAGGCAAAUGCUCAGUCAGUCAUUUCCUCAUCCCAGAUGCCACCCACACCACAAGCCUACUCGAUGGUACAACCAACAACUCCAAGCCCACCACCAUCUUCAACUAUGGCUAUGGUGCUCAGUUGCGCUAUUUGUGGCGGUGCUCAUGCUUCUCAAAGUUGUCAACUAUUGGAACUUGGCAGCCACAACUCUUAUUCAACUGUAGAGCAAGUUGACAUGAUUGGAUACCAAAGACCUCAAGGCCAAGCGCAAUGGAGGAAUCAAGUCAAUCCUUCUUGGAGCAAUCAAGGUUUUCAAGGGAGAAAUCCACCUCCUGGUUUUCAAGGCAACCAAGGCUUUAGAGGUGGAUAUCAAGGCAACCAGCAAUGGAGAGGAAAUCAAGGACAUGGUACGAGCCAAGCAAAUACUCAGAAUCAGCAAGGGUUUUCACAAUCAUCUCAAGAUCCGGAUAUGAAAACCUUCAUGAACAUGAUUAUGACACAAAUGAGUAAAUUGCAAACCGAAGUUGAAGGUCUUCGAGCUCAACAACAAGGAGGAGGUGCCCAAGCUUCUACCCAACCUUCAUUUAAUGGUAAACUUCCAGCAAGCACUGAAAAUCCUAGGAAUCAAGUCAAUGCUGUUGUAACUAGAAGCGGGAAGUCUUUAACUGAUCCACCCUUUCCAGAUGAUAACAUUGCUCUUGAAAAUGAAGGGAAAGAAAAAGAACUUCUACCACAAAAAAGAGAUCCUGAAGGACAAGUGCAGACAAAGGAGGAUACUAGCCGAGAUCCUGAAGGACAAGUGCAGACAAAGGAGGAUACUAGCCAAGGUAAAAAAGGACAAGUGCAGACAAAGGAGGAUACUAGCCAAGGUAAAAAGAACAAGGGGCAGACAAAGGAGGAUACUAGCCAAGGUAAAAAGAACAAGGGCAAGACAAAGGAGGAUACUAGCCAAGGUAAAAAGAACAAGGGCAACCAAAUUGAUGAUUCAGUGAUUCCUUGCAACUUAUUGCCAUUUCCACAAAGGUUGUGGAAGUCCAAAGAAACCGAGAGGGAGAACAAAUUCAAAAUGAUUCUUGACAAGUUGGAAAUAUCUAUGCCUUUUGUGGAUGCUGUUACUCAAAUACCAUCAUACAAGAAAUUCUUGAAGGAUAUUUUGAGUAAUAAAAAGAAGCUGGAGAAGAGUGCAGUGAUAGAUCUUAGUGAGGGAGCAUUGGCAUGCGCUGCAAUACAAAAGAAUCUACCACCGAAGUUGAAGGAUCCUGGAAGUUUUGCUAUUCCAUGUAUCGUUGGAGGAUUUGUUGUGGGUCGUGCUCUAUGUGAUCUCGGAGCUAGUGUGAGCCUCAUGCCUUACUCCCUUUGCAAGAGGCUUAACCUUGGAGAGCCGAAACCCACUACCAUGACACUUCAAAUGGCGGAUCGCUCAAUAAAGCGCCCAGUGGGAGUAUUAGAAGACAUCCCAGUAAUGAUCGAUCAAUACUACAUCCCGGGAGAUUUUGUGAUUCUUGACAUUGAGGAAGAUGCCAAGGUACCCAUAAUCCUUGGUAGACCAUUUCUAGCCACAGCUGGGGCGAUCAUUGAUGUAAAAAGGGGGAAGCUUGUUAUGGAAGUGGCCGAUCACAAGAUUGAAUUUGAUAUAUUCAAAAUGGCCAAACACCAACCAACUUACAUUGAUGAAUGCAAUAUGGUGGAAAUUUGUGAGGUAAACCCUAGUGAAGUCUUGAAGAUUGACAAGGAGUAUUCGAUUGUUGAAGAACUUCUUGAGAAAUUUGGAAUCUACACCCAAAAGGAGAUGGACACAUGCGAGCAAGGGAUUUUUGAUCAAGGUGAGGCUGGAGAAAGAAUUUUUGCUGCUCUUGACCCGCUAGGAGAGGAACAUGCACCAAAGGUAGAACUAAAACCUUUACCUCCUAGCCUAAGGUAUGUUUUUCUAGGUUCUAACUCCACUUAUCCUGUAAUUGUUAAUUCUUCUUUGCAUAGUGAUGAAAUUGAUAAGCUGCUUAAUGUGCUUAGAAAACAUAGGAGGGUAAUUGGUUAUACUAUUGGUGAUUUAAUUGGCAUUGAUCCUAAGUACUGCAUGCAUAGAAUUUAUUUAGAAGAGAAUGCCAAACCUACUGUUGAACCCCUUAGGAGAUUAAAUCCCAAUUUGAAGGAUGUAGUUAAGAAGGAAAUUUUGAAAUUGCUUGAGGCCGACAUUAUAUACCCUAUUUCGAACAGCAAGUGGGUGAGUCCCAUACAUGUUGUUCCGAAAAAGGGCGGUAUAACGGUCAUUGAAAAUGACAAUAAUGAGUUGAUUCCUACUAGACUUGUUACUGGUCAUAGAAUGUGCAUUGAUUACAGAAAAUUGAAUAAGUUUACUAGGAAAGAUCAUUACCCCCUUCCAUUUAUUGAUCAAUUGCUUGAGAGAAUGUCCAAGAAUGAAUACUUCUUUUUUAACAGGAAGGCUAAAAGAUGUGUAGAACUAGUGGACUUCUCUACUCUUGUUGCUGCACGAGAAUCAUAG